AUGGGGAGGAAUAAGAAUAUGGUAGGUGCUGUAAAAUGCAUAAACAGUUUCGGAAGGAAAAUAAAACGGUAUAAAACGUUAGUUAUAGGAUACUAUAAAGACAAUACUCCAUUUGAAAAUCAACAAUAUGGGGUACCUUUAAAAUAUUACAGACAUAAAUAUAUGAAAUCUAUUCAAGAGCAAAAAAAAUGUUCCGAAUUAAUAACAGAAUUAAAUAAAAGAUGGAAUAGUCAAUUAGCUAACAAUGAAUAUUGUACAAUAUUACAGUCCAUUAAAAAGUCGCUAUAUUUUAAUCCUCUAAAUGUGACAAGCUUAUUUAAUUUGGUUUAUUUUUAUGAUAAGAUAAUUAAAAAUAGUAAAAUUUCUUAUUUCUAUUCAUUAAUUUUUCACACUUUAUUAAUGAGAGUUUUAAGAAAGUUUUUUUACAAAGUGAAAUAUACAGAAAUAGUUAAAGAGAGAAAAAAAAGUAAUGAUUUAUUUUUUAGGUAUAUAUAUUAUGUUGCUCAUAGAAAUGAUAUAGAAGACAAAUUUUCCAACACAUUAAUAAAAAGAUUAUCAAAUAAAUGGGAAAAUAUUCCAUACAUAAAUUGUAAAGUUACAUAUUUAUUAUUAUUAGAAAAUAUAUAUAUAUUAUAUUUAAAUAAUUAUAAAUUAUUUUACAUGAAUAAUGUAAUACAUUAUGCUAAUCUUAUGAUAAAAUUAUUACAAUUAAAUAAAAUAAAAAAUUAUAUGAAAAAAAACUAUUUUUUUUUACAUGCCAAUUUGUACAUAACAAAAGCAAGUUGCUUUUUGAUGGUCAAUCCUAAUCAUGUUGUAAAAGAUUAUUUAUUUCAAAAUAAUAGACAAGUUAAAAAAAUAACAGAAUGUAGAAAUGGUGAUAUAAAAAUAAUAAAUAAACAAGAUAUUGAAGACUUGCUAAAUAUACAAAAUAUUAAUAAUUGUAAUACUUGGGAUGAACAAAAAAAUGACAAUUUAAUGUACGAAAAGCGAUUUUUAUCAUAUAUAUUAAAUGAAGAAAUUAUAGCUAAAAAAGUUGAAAAUAUGAACGACUAUUUUAUUUAUGACCAUGUUAAUAUAAAAUGUGUAUUAAAAAAAAUUAAUGAAUGUAUUAAUUAUUGCUUACAAAAUCGGUUGUAUAAAUUUUUAGAAGAUUUUUUAUUAUGGAGAGCUCGAAUAUUUUAUCAUUUAAACUUUUUUUAUGAAUGUUUAUCCGAUUCAUCAAAAGCCUCUUUAUUAAAUAUAUAUUCUAAGGCAUCCUUUACAGACAUAGACGAUUUAUAUUCAUGCUAUAAUAUGAGAACAUUAUGUUUAAAACAUUUAAACAUUUUGCACACAACUGAUUUGUAUAUAGCUAUUUCUUUAAAAAAUGUAAAUAGCGAAAUUCUAAAUUUAAAAAAAAAAAAAAUGAACAUGCUAGCUAACCAAAAAAAAGACAAAAAUCAAAAAACCGAAAAACUAAUAAAUGAAAGAAAACACACAUAUUCAUGGCAUCGAUCUUUUGAAGAUCAAAAUAUUAUGAAUUUUAUGAAGGAAAACAAAAAAAAAAUACCAUUUAUAUUUUAA